ACUUCCGUCUUGGCUUCAGCAGCAUUCAUUGAAUGAAAUCAACGAAUCGGAGCAUGGGACAAGAACAAGUUAGCGCAUGAUUCAACCACAGCGAAGCUUAUAUAGCCGAUGUGUGUGAAUAUUGGCGCGUUACAAAGAACAUUUUCGAUAGGAAACGGCGCGCCGGGAAGACCGAAAACAUGGAAAGUGUGGAACAAUAUCGGACUGUUUCCAGUCCUAUGAAGAAAAAUCCAAAAAGAAAACGUGUAAUAGGAUUAAGGGUAUCUAGCGACUCAACACAGGGAGGAAGAAAAUACAUGGAAGACAUGAUUUGUAUUGUUUUUGACAGAGAACAAGACGCCGACUAUGCAUGCUUCGCUGUGUUCGAUGGACAUGGAGGGAAAGAGGCCUCAGUGUAUGCCCGUGAUCAUCUGUGGAAAAAUAUCAAGGAACAAGAUGGGUUCUUUUCCCGCGAACCGGGAAAGGUUAUGUACGCGAUUAAGGAGGCAUUUCGUGUUACUCAAGAGGGAAUGUGGAAGGAGAGACCAUCCUGGCCAAAAACUCUUUCCGGAUAUCCCAGUACAGCAGGCACAACGUGUAGCAUGGUGAUUAUAUGUGGGACUGACAUGUAUACAGCCCAUGUAGGAGAUUCCAGAAUAGUGCUUGGAAAGAGCAAAAUGGGGAGUAUUAGCUGCAACAGCAAACACAUCCCACCCAAUGAGAGAAUAGUCGCAGAGAUGCUGACCGUCGAUCAUAAGCCCAGCGAUGCAGAAGAGAUAGAACGCAUAGAGAGUGCUGGAGGUCGGGUGCAAGACAAGGCUGGUGUGCAGAGAGUGGUUUGGUCCAGGCCCAGCCUAGACCAUACUGGGCCUAUCACAAGAAAUACAGAACUGACAGAUAUACCAUUCCUAGCAGUAGCCAGAUCUUUAGGCGAUCUAUGGAGCUAUAACUUCAAAAACGGCCAGUACAUUGUAUCUCCAGAGCCUGACAUAUCUCACAGGGUUAUUGAUCCACAUUCAGAACGGUUUCUAAUCUUAGGCAGUGAUGGUCUCUGGAACAUGGUCACAAGCGAAGCUUCGGUACAGAUUGUGGAGAAAUAUGACAUGAUUCGCGCUAAGCAGGGAGCGAUUUCAACAGAAACAGUUUCACAUCAGCUGGUGAAUCGAGCUAUGGAUCUGUGGAACUACCAUCUCUUGAGAGCAGAUAAUAUCUCGGUCAUCUCUGUCUUCUUUGAGUACCCCGAGGUCAUCGAUGAUGAGGGUGACCAAAUCGAUCUAGAUUCUGUCAAGGAGUGGCAGAACAUUGGACUCAAAAUCGAAGGAGAGGACAACAAAGAGGUGGAUGAAAACGGGGACAACUUCGACAGGCCAGCGUUAAUCCGUCGUCAUGCUUGCACCAAGCUUACCUCCAUGGAGAACUAUAAUCGUCUCUACUGUAUGUCCAACAAGGAGCGAAGGCAAUACGGAAGCAUCCCUGCACCUCAGUAUAAACGGCGCUACACGGAUGGCCUGGAAUUGCCCAAGUCGAAGAAGCAGAAGUCCGAGAAUGGCAUAAAAAAGGAGAAUGGCAUUAAAAAGUUGAAUGUUGGGGAUCGAACGGGCUCAGGUGACAAAAUCUACAAGGUGAUACAUACUAAGAAGUGCGGUAUCAGGGUAGAGUAUGCGUAUGACCCUGACGCGGAGGUCAAAACAUCAAAGCAGCGGUGUCCUCCGAAUAACAACCCAAAGAAAACUAUCAUGACAAAGAGUGGACCCAUCGAAGUGGAGUAUGCUUACGAUGUGGAGGCAAUGAAGAGGAGCUUUGAGGACACCCCAACCAAAGUCAAGGCCAAGAGAACAUUUAUGACAAAGAAUGGACCCAUUGAGGUGCUGUACGAGUGCAAUCCACCCACUCCUGGUCGUAAUGCCCGCUCUGCUCCACCAAAGAAAACCUCAUCAAGGAGAUCCCCAAGGAGAAGGCUGAGUCUAGAUGAUAAUGUUGUCAUGGGGUCAAGGUUGACCAGGUCAGCUACCAAAAGGUCAAAGAUUAUGAACAUGCAUAUGACAAGGGCAAGGAGAGCAUCAAUGAAGGGAAAAUUUGCACAAAUGUAUAAUGAAAUGCCUGGUGCACAGAAAGCAGUGAAAAUGAGAUGAAGUUGCUCUUCUUAAAAGUUAUGGAGAUUGACAGUAAUUAAUACCUUGGUCACAUUUGCUCUAUGGCGGCCAUACGGCGAGUCGAAAACAGCCGUUUCAACAUUUUUUUAUACCAGCUACAUAUAGACGGUUUGAAUAAAUAUGAAUAAAAUUGCUGUUUUUGACUCGCCGUACGGCCACCGUAGAGCAAAUGUGACCGAGGUAUAAGUUGGAUUAAAAUCUAUAAGCAAAUGUGACAUUGUUUUGUAUGGAAUUAUCAGCAAUGAUAAGAGGAAAGCAAUUUACAAAAAAAUACAAUAUUACAUUCCUUUCAUCUAGGAACUGAAAACCUCAAACUUUAUGUGCCUCAAAAUUGAUAGUUAAUUGACAAUUCUCUAAAGGGGAAAGAUUGUAGUUACAUAUAGAUAGAUCAGUGAAGUAUGCAGGUGAAAAUUGUUUGAAUAGACAUAAAGUCUACCUCUACGCUGAUCUUUUUAGAAUAUUUGUACAUAUAUAUUUUUUGUCAUAUUUUAACCUCUCAGGCGUGUGUGGUGUACAUAUAUGAAAUCCAAGUAUGUGGUGAUGUAUAGUGUCAUUGAUUUCAUUAACACAUACAAGUGAUACAACGUACUCAUGAGCAUUCCAUACAUGCUACUAUGUCAUGUACAUUGAAAUUAACUUGUAUGAUUUUUGUACAGUGUAGCAUAAUAAAAAAAUUAUUUUUUCUUGUAAAUAAUAUUUGUAGAAAGUCCAAAGUGAAAUACAUAUUUUAUGAGGUUUUUACUCACUUGGAUCAUGGACCUAUUACGAAAUAGGUCCAUGCUUGGAUAUAUUGAUUCUUUUGAAGGAAAAUUCAGGGAAUCUACUCUUAUUUCUAUCAGAAAUUUGUAAUGCCUUAAUACAGUGGACGCACACUUGAAUUGAGAUUGUGAUUUAUACAUAUAAAUGAUUUUCAGGGCUCUGUUUCAUGAAGACUUGCCAGUAAUUGAAUUCAAUCCUAAGUGAAGAUUGAUUCAAAUCAAUUGCAAUUUGCAAGUAAUUAUGAGGCGGUCAUGAGACUUGUAAAAUACGCUGGAGAAAUGAAAUGUUGAAAUUAAUACAUAGAGCAGAGUAUUGUAUCUGUUGAUACAUCUGUGAAUUUUUAUUUCCUGAACUCAUAUAUUAGUAUUGUCAGCAAAAUUCAAUUUCAUUAGGGGAUGGCAUCCUAAUCCUUUAAAGGGAAAAUACUUCCUUUCUUAUUUUAAUAUAUAAUUGGUGCAAAUUUUAUGAAAUUUUACUGUGUCUAGGAAUUGCUCCCAACAAAUGUCUUCACUUUUAUUAUCCCAUUCAUGAACUUAUGAAGUAUUCAUAUAGGAUGAGUUAGUGGAGUCAUGCAAUAUACAUGUUUAAUUCAUAUCAUUGAUCAAGGUACAUGUAGGUAACUUCUUUGCUGUUAAAAGGGAAUCCUUGACAUAAGUAAGACAGUGUGUGAAAUUUGAUGUAUAUAUUUUUAACCCUUAGGUACUAUGAAUGAUGCAUUUUUUUUUAGGAUAUCAAAUAUUGUAUUUUACUCGUCGGAUAAUGUAACUUUCAUACACAGUGUCUUACCAUAUGGAGAUGAAAUAUCCUGUCAGAUCCAUAUUCUUUAUUUUAUAUUCAAUUUAAAAAGCAAUUGAGAAUUUCUUGAUUUUUUUUUUUUUUUACCAAUUUUAAUUUUUACCAUUUCAAUUCGUGUUUUCUUUAUAGAAUCCAUAAGCUACUGCUAUCAUUUCUGAAUUUUCUUAUUUGAAGAUUUUAAUUCCAAGAAGUAAUUUAUUUCCCAACAUUGCCAAUUUAGGGAUUUCAAAGUCAAAUAUCAUUUUCUUUUUGAAAAUCCCAAGCAAUUCUUUCAUUUCCUGAUUUGUUGCCAAAUUAGGGAUUUCAAAAUCAAAUAUUUUCUAUUUAAAAAUCCCAAGCAGUGAAUUUGUUUCCCAAUUCAUUGCCAAUUUAGGGAUUUAAAAAUCAAAUAUUUUCUUUUUGAAAAGCCCAAGCAGUGAUUUCAUUUCCUGAUUUGUUGCCAAUUUAGGGAUUUCUAAUUUUCUUUUAUUACAAAACCUGUACUGUUAGACAUCAAUUACAAGAUUCGUGAUAAUUCAAAGGUGUAAUCAAUUUUAUGCAUAAAUGAUCCUCUCUCCCUUAGCUCAUUCAUUUUGCAUACAUUUUGGGGAUUCUUAAUUUAAGGGUAAGGAGGCUAACUAGAAACACAAUGGUCUGAUUGUGAAUUCUGGCUUAAUUUAAAGUUGUGGUUUGGAACUUUCAUAGCCAAAUGUGAAACAUGUUUCUAACAGUACAUUUUUAGUUAAUAAGCUGCUUAGACUCUGAAAUUGUUCAAAACUGUCUUGGAAUAAUAACUAAUAUAGUUUUCAUCACCAUUAAAGCAUGAAGAAAUUAAAAAGUAAAGAUAAGGGUCAUUCAAUGUAAACAAGAUUUUCAGAUUUUAGGCUACCCAUACUUUUAGCACAGAUUUAUACCAUGGUCUAUAUUGAACUGGCUUUUAGAAUACAGGCCAUUACAUCAACAUGAUAUAAUUCAACUCAGAAAAUACGAUUCACUGUAUAUAUGAAAAAGGACAUCAUUUCAAAUGUUUUUACUAUAUACUAUGGCUACUUCUCUGGCAGAGAUUUUUAAGGAAUAGCAUGACUAUUAGAAACUCAUUUAUUUUCCCUAAAUUUAUGUCGAUACAUGUACAUGUAGACUAAUUAUUUUAAUUGUAAUAUUCCUGUAUAUGUAUCCUAUGGAUAUUACACUGUAAUUUUAUUCACAAUAUUUACACAAUUUCACUCAAAAUUUUCUAUAUGAAUUUAUGAAUAAUGCAAGAUCAUUGAAUCCUUAUUCCACUAUUAAAUGUUUUCUGGAAGAAAUAUUAAGCAUUCCGAAAUUCUAAUCAUAUUUUACACUUUCAGGAAUUUAAAAUCCGUACUGUCUUCUUACACAUCUUGAUCAUUUUACCUCAAAAGAAAAAGUAUGUCUUCAUUUGUAUGUUCAACUAGUAAUUUGUCUUGUUAAUUCAUACCUGUACAUAUUAUGUGUGGUAGAAAUUUGACUGUGCCACUGUUAACUUUGAGUAGAUUUCUCAUGGCUGGUCAACAACUCUACAUAUUUCACAGAGGGCAUAUAUCAAGAAGACAUUGUGGGAUUGGGAUGUUAAUUGAAUAACUUGUCUUCAAGUUUUGUUACAGAGCCUAGGUAUCAAUUGCAAACAUGCUACUAAUUGAUUUUGGAUUGAAAAAAAAAUUGCAAUUGAUUUCAUGUUUCUUUCAACUCUCCUUGAAGAUUUAUUUAUUUCACUAUUAUGUGUGUGUGUGUGUAAUAUUCACAUGCUGUUGCUACUUUUAUUUUAACCAGGCAUAACAGAUAUCCCAGCAAGUAACUUGCUGUAACUUGCUGUAUGAUCUGUUAUGCCUGGUGAAAAUAAAUGUCGCAAGUAUGUUGAAACACAGACAUGUGUAAACAUGCCCAUUCAACCAUAUUGUUGACACACCCUUGUCUACCCCUAUUGUUCUGGUAAGUUGAUCCAGUGACGUUCGUGAUAUUCACACGCACAAAAAAAAAUCAACAAUUAGGUAUGAAAGGACUUGAUUGUGCAGUCAGCCCUUGGAUUAUUUCAUCUUAUGAACGAAUAUUCAUGAAAUUUCAGUAAGCUGUGUUCCCAUGCAUAAUCAUUGCUUUUACCAAAAUCAUAUUUUGAUAGCAGCAAGUGGAAUUUCACUUCUAGCAUUAAAGAAAAAGAACUCUUAAUCCAAAUUACUAUUUUCUACACUUAAUCGUUUUCUAUAAUUAAUUUACAUGUAGCAAGCAGGGAUGAUUGUAGUUUAGACACAUUUACCAUUUUCAUCUGUCUUAUUUGAUCUAUGCAAUUUAUCUGACUUUAAAUUUUACCAGUGUAUGUGUUUCUACAUUUUGUUUUAAUUUAUUUAUCAGUACAAAUUUAUUUUUCCCCUCUUCCUGUUAAAAUUGCAGUCUUUCAAACAACAUAUGUUUGAUACAAAAUCUUCCAAAAUUCCUCUUUUAUCAUUCAGUGGAUUCCAUCCAUUUUUGCAUAGAAAGGUUCACUCCAAUUGAGUGUGAUACAGACUAGUUCUAUCAAUGCAAGGGUUGAAUUACAUUAAUAUUUUGUUUUAAGUUUUAUACAUUUUUAGUUUUGCUGUUUUUUAUAUUCUUUCAUCUAUUUAUCCACUAUUAAUGUUCUACCUACAUGUACAUUUUACAAGAGAAUACUUUGCCAUAUAAGAAUUCUAGAACCUAUUGAAAUUGAUGACUUAAGUUAAUUGUGCAUCCUUUAUAAAAAAAAGUUGAAUUUUAGAAUUGAUUUUAGCUUUACAAUAGCUCUCUUGCUAUCACCCCCACUUAAAAAGUAAAAAAUAUAUAGUAAUUACGUAUUUUGCAGCUUGAACAAGAAAAUGUUGCAUCCAUAAUGAAGUGUGUGAAUGAGACUACAUGUAAACUUGUUACAAUUAUGAUGUCCUUUUCACACAUGUUUGCUCCAACAGAGGUUAUUGUACUCUUUGUGAAUGAGGGAAUUUGGAAAUAAACUGCAAAGAUAUGAAAAU